GUUCCCGUCGUCGUCCACACCUGGCUCCUGGCCUCCCUUCCUGUCUUUUUCUCGCCGACAGAAUGUUCGCCGCGUCGCUCGUUACCCUCUCUCUCUUCGCUGCCCGUGCCCUGGCACAGGAGCUGACGAUCAACAGCCCGGAGACGACCGCGUGUGGCUGGACCGAUUUCACCUGGAACCCCACCUCUGGACCUUACUCCAUCGCCUUCGUCAACCCUGACGACCCUUGCAACAACGUCUACUACGAGUCGGAAGACGUCAAUGAUGCUUCGGAUAUGUGGCUGCAGAUCCCUCUGCCGGCGGGCACCAAGUUCCAGGCCACCAUUCUCGACGGGUACAACAACGAGGUCUUCAGUGACAUUCUCACCGUUGGUGACGGUUCCAACGACUGUGUCCCUGACAACCUGAGCUACCUCCUCCCCUCGACGUCGGCUAGCUCCGCGUCUUCCACCUCUGCGUCUGCUGAGUCCACUAGCUCCAGCGCGCCCGCCUCCAACGCGCGUGUCGCCACCUCCGCGUCCUCGGCGACCUCCGCCUCUUCCUCCGCGGAGGCGACCACCUCUCUCGAGGCGGUCGGCGCUGCCCAGGCCGGUAUCGGCCAGGGCAACAAGAACGGCGCGUCGGCGACCCAGUUCACGACCCCUGCCCUCCUCCUCGGCGCUGUCGUUGCGGCUGCUGGCUUCGCGCUCUAAUCGGCGCACAUAUACCCCCAACGCCCACCUGCGCUAUCUACCCGUUUCUCCUCACAUUUCUACGGUCUUCUCUUCUACGCUUUACACUUGACGGGAUCCGGCGGUCGCUCGCGCGUUCUCUCUGAACACCUGCGCGGGAUAUGUUCACGUGUAGCCCCGGCCUUUGUUCAUACACGGUGCGGUGCUUCAUUUGUGGUCACAGAGGCAGAUGUAUACAUUACAUGGGAACGGAGCACCCUCGUGGACUCUAAUGGUGUACAGUAGCUUUGUUACUUGCUCUGUUUGGAACCUUGAUGGUGCGCCGCUGGGAUAAUCUCCACGGUUUUUGUUUGUCCUUCGAAUCAUCGUGUAUACAUUGGAGGCUGGCCUAGUCCGGCGGUUACCAACGACA